GAGUGACGUCAACAACUGUGCCGAAGAGCGUUUCGCAGAGUUUCCACUGGGCAACAUCGUGGAAGUAAGCUGACCCAAAGUGAGAGCCCUUUCAACAACUUAGACGCAAAUUAAUCAUUCCCACGCAGUUGUUUAAGGACUCAGAAUGGCAGACAAGCUUACAGAAGAAGAAAUUGCAGAAUUCAAGGAAGCGUUUAUGGUCUUUGACAAAGAUGGCGACGGYACAGUAACGAUACAAGAGCUUGGUACCGUCAUGAGAAACCUUGGCCAGAACCCUACUGAUGACGAAAUCAAAGAAAUGAUUAAAGACGUUGACAAAGACGGCAGUGGGUGCAUCGACUUUGACGAGUUCCUAAAGCUUAUGGCCAACCGUACAAAAGGAGUAUCGUACGAAGACGAACUCAAAGCGGCUUUUAAAAUAUUCGACGCAGAUGGCAACGGAAGCAUUACAGUAGCUGAACUAAAGCAGGUACURGACAACCUUGGCGAAAGACUUUCUGAAGAAGAAGUAGGAGAAAUGAUUAAAGAAGCCGAUACUGACGGGGAUGGUACAGUGAACUACGAAGAGUUUAUCAAGAUGAUGAUGGCUAUGCAAGGCAAAUAAGCAAAAACGAUCAACAUCUCAAAUUACGUCAUUUAUAACCAUAUACUGUGAAAGGCUUUAAAAUGUUGUAUGCAGUCAUUUUGAGCUCUAGAAAUGUUCUUGCUGGGGCUUAAUAGGGGUACAGUUACGCUAGGAAGAGCUGUAGCAGCUUAUUGACAUGAGUAGUAUUUUCAAUAUGGCGUCUUGCACUAUAACGACCAGAAUGCUUUGCGUAAUCUCAGUAUUAAGAAUGAUUGGUGUACAAAAGAGCAUUCUGGGAUUUGUGGACAAAAAUGACGCAAUUUUGAAAACGACCACAACUAGAAUAGUCAUUUUUCGYAUUCCAGCUAUUUGAGAUAUCGUAUCACGUGACAAGGUCGAUCAUAUUGUCCACUUGCCUGCUAUAUACUGAAAUUCAUUUUCAUCAUUUUACUGAAAAUACAAAUAGUAUUGAAACAAACUGAAAAAAAUUAUAUUCUAUAGUAUAGUGUGGAGUUAAUAAAUGUCAAUUAACAAUAAAAUGUUUUUUUUUGUGUU